AUUUGUGUGUAGUAGAGACACUCCCACUGGCUGUGGCUGUCAUAGUAGUUUCCAAAUCCACUGCGCAUGCGCAGUAUACAUUCAGAGGGGCGACGCAACGGUCCUACUCGUACAAGAACAGAUCAAAACAGACGCUUUACUUAAGAUUCUGUGCACUCGGUUUCUAUUUCUCACCACAUUUAUAUAAGAGCAAGUUUCACGACAUCCAGGAGACUGAAACACAAGGAAAAAGAAACCAGACUAAACCGAAACUAGUAACACAUUUACGCAGUCACACGCCAGCUACUCAAGAUCAGUCCAAUGGCAACGUCAUGUGUGACCAAGGUGGAGCUGACAGUCUCCUGUGAAAACCUGCUGGAUAUGGAUGUGGGGUCUAAAUCUGACCCGCUGUGUGUCCUGCUCAUGAACACGUCAGGAAACCAGUGGUUUGAGGUCGACCGCACCGAGAGAGUUAAGAACUGCUUAAGCCCAAAAUUUGCUAAGAAGUUUGUCGUCGAUUACUACUUCGAGCUCGUUCAGAAACUCAGAUUUGGCCUUUAUGAUAUUGACAAUAAAACCGUUGAUUUGAGCGAUGAUGACUUCCUGGGCGAAUUCGAGUGCUCGUUGGGUCAGAUUGUUUCCAGUAGCAAGUUGACGAGACCUUUGGUGCUGAAGAACAAGAGACCUGCAGGAAAGGGAACGAUUACGAUCAGUGCAGAGGAAAUCAAGGACAACAGAGUUGUGAAUUUUGAGAUGGAGGCCAGAAAACUGGAUAAGAAGGAUUUAUUUGGAAAAUCAGACCCCUACCUGGAAUUUUACAGGCAGACGGAAACAGGCUGGCAGCUUGCUCACAGAACUGAGGUGGUGAAGAACAACUUGAAUCCUUGCUGGAGGCCUUUUAAAAUCCCUCUACGAUCUCUCUGUGCAGGAGACAUGGAGAAACCAAUCAAGGUUGAAUGUUACGAUUAUGACAACGAUGGAUCUCAUGAUUUGAUAGGGAUUUUUGAGACCAAUAUGAAGCGCCUGCAGGAUGCUUCCCGCACCGCUCCGGCCGAGUUUGAGUGCAUAAACAGUAAGAAGAAACAGAAGAAGAAAAAUUAUAAGAACUCUGGAGUCGUGAGUGUGAAAGUUUGUCAGAUUACUAGGGAAUACACCUUUCUGGACUACAUCAUGGGAGGCUGCCAAAUAAAUUUUACUGUGGGCAUAGACUUCACAGGGUCCAAUGGUGACCCCAGGUCACCUGAUUCCUUACAUUACAUCAGCCCUCAAGGUGUGAACGAAUAUCUCUCAGCCAUCUGGUCAGUUGGCCUUGUGGUCCAGGACUACGACAGUGACAAAAUGUUUCCUGCGUUUGGAUUUGGUGCUCAGAUUCCACCCUCAUGGCAGGUGUCUCAUGAGUUUCCUCUCAACUUCAAUCCCGCAAAUCCAUUCUGUGCAGGUGUGGAAGGUGUGGUGGAGGCCUACAGGAUGUGCCUUCCUCAGGUCAAACUUUACGGGCCCACGAACUUCUCUCCUAUUAUUAACCACGUGGCUCGUUUCGCACAGCAGGCUUUACAGCAGAACACAGCGUCGCAAUACUUUGUCCUGCUGAUUAUAACGGACGGAGUGAUCACUGACAUGGAUCAGACGCGUGGAGCUAUAGUCGCCGCCUCUCGCUUGCCCAUGUCAAUCAUCAUUGUGGGCGUAGGCAAAGCCGACUUCACAGAUAUGGAGAUUCUGGAUGGAGAUGACGGACGACUGAGGUCUAUCACGGGAGAACCGGCCGUACGAGACAUUGUGCAGUUCGUGCCCUUCAGAAAGUUCCAGAAUUCUCCUAAAGAGGAGCUUGCUAAGUGUGUUCUGGCGGAGGUUCCUGGUCAGGUCGUCACCUUCUUUAACAUGAUGAAGCUCCCGCCUCUGAAGUCAAACACUCCAGUUGCCGCUCCAAAUGAGCAGACACAGAACUGAUGGACCUGUUUCCUUCCUUCAUACUGCAUGCAACCCCACAACUGGACAUCACCGUCCUGCUAAUCUAACCAUAGGCUUUGUUAAACAGAUAAACCACUAGAUACGUUUGGUUUGUGUUGGUUUAAAAUUUCAGUUAAUUUGUUUACUUUUUUGAUCAUUUUGUAUUUAUUUACAUGUUUAAUUCUGACAAAUGAUCUUGCAGUCAUCUAUUAUAGAGCAUGUAUGGACUCAAGUAUCCUACUCUAAAUGAUCAGUUACUGGAAGAAUCCUCCUGAAUAUUAGACAUUUUGAGAGGGAUUUUAAGUUUAAAGUCAACAUUGUUGGCAUUGCAGGUGAGAUGACCAAACACAGCAAUGGUAUGAAGGCAUUUUUACAUUUAUUUUUACAUUCAUUCCUGCUAACUCCGUACAAAAUUGUUUACAGUCAGCAUUAUCCCAUUCAUUUUUCAUGUCAUUAUCAUUCUUUACGUCUUAUAAUUUUAUAUCUGUAUAUGAUCUUUUUUAAAUCAGUGCCUCGCAAAAUUACAUAUAUGUAAUGCAUAAUGUCAGAUUGAUCACAUUAAUGUGUCUGAUUGUUUUAAGUUGCAUCUUGCAUAUCAUAUGGAAGCUUUUUAGAUUGCCAAGUUUUAUUUUUGACCAGAAUGCACAUAAAACUGAAGCCACUGCGGAAUGGUGCUCAGGUCUCAAUCUGUACAGAUGAAAGCCAUAGUUACUGACAUCUGGAUCGGUCAGCGAUCCUGUUAUGUGCCUGAAUGCACUAUGCAUUAAUACGAUAAUAAUAAUAUGCAAAGGUAAUCAGCUUUUUGGAUCAGUAUUAACUGUUUAAGAUGCAGAAGAAGUUUGUUUCACAUUUAAUUACAGGUCUCUAACAGCACAUGCUCAACUAGAGCAGAGAAGAAUAUAUUAGAUCAUCUUAUAUGUAUUUUAAAUAAAGCUAUUUUGUUUAAUCAGAUACAGUAUGAUUAUAAUGUAACAUGACAGCUCAGCCAUGUAUGAUGUGCUUUGCUGAUAUGUCUUGCAUGUGUGCCUGUAGCAUGUCUUGUUUCACAUACGGUAAAUAAAGUACCCAAAAGUGACAUUAUUUUUUUUGCAAUAUUAUUGAGAUGCAAUGAAUAAAGAUGACAAUGAAACUGUA